AUGGGCGCCCUCCUUGAUCAGAAAGUUGACUGCCCACCUCCUCCAGCAUGCGCCAAAUGCACCGAAACUGCAACUAUAGAAACAGCUCGCUAUGUGGCGGAGAGGGGCCAAGCUGUCACAGAUCAUUACGGACGCCCGCUGGUGCAGUUUGACCUAGCUGCCGAAGCCAGACUUCGUUGGAAAAUCGAUUUGCAACGCGAGCUCGCAGGUCUGGAGAGAGAUCUUAACCUGAAACACUAUGACUAUAAUACGGUUCUCUCGAUCUUUUAUAUCUGUUACAUCAUUUUUGAGAUCCCGUCCAACAUGGCCUGCAAAUGGAUAGGCCCUGGAUGGUACUUACCAGCUAUCUCGCUAGCUUUCGGAAUUACUUCCAUAGCUACCGCUUUUGUGCAUAAUAUUCACGAAAUCUGUGGUGUUCGUUUUAUCCUUGGUGUUUUCGAGGCAGGUAUGCUACCGGGAAUUGCAUACUACAUGUCUAGGUGGUGCAGGAAAAGCGAAUUGACCUUCCGCCUGUCUCUUUACAUCGUAAUGGCUCCACUCGCCGGCGCUUUUGGUGGACUUCUUGCCUCUGCGAUUUUGAAAUUGUCAAAUGUCGGUAGUCUUCAUGAAUGGAGGAUGAUAUUUGCGAUUAUCAUUGGCUUCUUUACUUUGACUGACCGUCUAGCUAACGCUCUUUGGCUGACCCAGGAAGAGAAGGACCUUGCCAUUGCUCGUAUUAAAUCAGAGCGAGUCGGAGUCACUGAGGGGUUAGCAUUCUUCGCCCCGACAAUCGUCAAAACAAUUUAUCCUGACCGCAGUGUCAUUUCUCAGCAACUCCAUACCGUUCCUCCUUAUCUUGUUGGGAGCUUCUUUACUGUACUUUUCCCUUUCCUCAGCUGGAAAUUCAAUCGCUGCUUGUUAUUCUUUAUCCUUGGCGCUCCGUUCGUGAUGGUCGGGUACAUAAUGUUUCUUGCCAGCAACGACCCUAAAGUCAGAUAUGGUGCGGCCUUCAUCAUUGCCAGUGGUGCCUUUUCACUUGGGGCUCUUUCCAGCGCCAACGUUGCCGCAAACAUCGUUUCAGACACGGCUAGGUCCUCUGCAAUCGGCACAAACGUGAUGUUUGGUAAUAUCGGUAGCUUGGUUGCAACUUGGUCGUUUUUGCCUUCCGACUCUCCUGACUAUCGUAUAGGCAACAGUCUCAACUUAGCCACGUCGUCAUCAAUUCUUAUUUGCUCUGUCGCUUCGCUGUUCUGGAUGAAUAUGGACAAUAAGAAGCGGGAUAGAAUAAAUGUGGAAAAAAAACUAGCACAUCUCAGCCAAAAACAGAUACAGGACCUUGACUGGCGCCAUCCUGGUUUCCGGUGGAAGCCGUAA